AGAGCAAGAUGGCAGCGAAAUCCGAUGGCUUGGGGGUCGUUACCGGGUUCGCCCAGCUGCACAACCUGGACGAAGCGACCGGGACCGGCGACGAGGACGCGCUGGACAGCGCGGCCAUACACAUCUGCCACUGCUGCAACACGUCGUCGUGUUACUGGGGCUGCCGGAGCGCGUGCCUGCAGUCACUGCUCGGGAAGAGUGAUGCUGGAGGAAGCAGGCGGCUGCAGCAUCAGCACCAGCCGAUCGAGCGUCUGUGGCUGGACUGUCUGUGGAUCAUUCUGGCGCUGCUCGUCUUCUUCUGGGAUGUCGGAACGGACUUGUGGCUGGCCAUCGACUACUAUUCCAAGCGGGACUAUCUGUGGUUCGGACUGACUCUGUUCUUCGUGCUGGUGCCGUCGGUUCUGGUCCAGAUCUUGAGUUUCAGGUGGUUUGUUCAGGAUUACUCCGGCGGUGGGAUGGAUGCUGUGGAGGGUCUCAGCAGGAAAGCCUCGGCGAAUUUAAGUUCGCGCAUCUACAGCAGGGACAGAUGCUGCAUCAUAUCUAUUUGGGUAUGGCACGCUUGCGUGCACGUACUUCAGAUGGGGCAAGUGUGGAGGUACAUCCGCACAAUGUAUCUAGGUAUCCAGAGCCGACGACAGAAGGAGCACAGACGUCGUUUUUACUGGGCAAUGAUGUAUGAAUACGCAGACGUCAACAUGCUCCGCCUGCUGGAGACGUUUUUGGAGAGCGCUCCCCAACUGGUGCUACAACUUUGCAUUAUGAUCCAGAAGAACCGGGCAGAGACGCUACAAUGCGUCUCCUCGGUCGCCUCGCUGCUAUCCUUGGCCUGGGUGCUCGCCUCGUACCACAAGCUCUUGCGAGACUCCCGAGACGACAAGAAGAGCAUGAGCUACAGAGGUGCUCUGAUCCACAUCUUCUGGAGGCUUUUCACCAUCUCCUCGCGGGUGCUCUCCUUCGCCCUCUUCGCUUCCAUAUUUCACAUCUACUUUGGCAUCUUCGUGGUCAUCCACUGGUGCGCCAUGGCCUUUUGGAUCGUCCACGGAGGCACAGAUUUCUGCAUGUCCAAAUGGGAAGAGGUGCUCUUUAACAUGGUGGUGGGCAUCGUCUACAUCUUCUGCUGGUUCAACGUGAAGGAGGGACGAACCAGGUACCGCAUGGCGAUCUACUACUUUGUGGUGCUCGUCGAAAACACGGUGCUUACUUGCCUGUGGUACGCGUACAGAGACCCGGUCACCACUGACUCCUAUGCAGUGCCCGUGCUCUGUGGAGUGUAUCUAACCUUUGCCUCAGGGGUGGUGUUCAUGGGCCUCUACUACGGGGUUCUUCAUCCGAUGGGACCCAAAAUAAGGCUGCUAGCUAGUUCCUGCUGCGCCGAGCUUCUUUGGGGACUCCCUUUACCCCCGGAGGCUGAGCCCAUAGCACCCACUCCCGCUCCCCGGGUGUCCCAACCCACUCCGACGCGGGCUUCCACGGGGGCCUUCGUCCAGUCGGACGACACGGCGGACACCUGUCUGCCCGUGUUUCAGGUCCGCUCGCCCGAGCCCACCACACCCUUGGGUCGGUACAGGCCAGAAGGGCCGCUCAUCAAGAUCGACAUGCCCAGGAAACGAUACCCGGCCUGGGAUGCCCACUUUGUGGACAGGCGCUUGAGAAGGACGAUAAACAUCCUCCAGUUUUUCACCCCCACGGCCGUAGGGAUCAGAUACAGGGACGGGCCGCUGCUGUACGAGCUGUUGCAAUACGAGUCGUCCCUGUGACGGCUGGGGCUCUUCUCACCUCUCGUCCAUUUCUGACGUCUACGUGUCGUAUUCAAAUCAUUCGUUUCAGCCGUUCAGAAGAAUUCACGUUUCUCCAAAUGCAUGUCGUUUUGGUUUCUGUAUAUCACAAGAACAGUUAUCAUCCAGCAUUAAGCAAGUGUAUAUAUUUUCUAUGUACAUACUGUUUUUUUACAGUAUCUAUUUAGAAACAUGUCUGGGGGAUUGUACGUGUCCUGGUGUUUACAGCAAGCUAAACCAUUACAUUGAAAAAAUGGAGAUAGAUUGAGCACAUCAACACAACCUUGUGUCUUUGAUAGUGAAGUUAGUUCUUAUUAAUCUCUACUGCCUGAUUAUAUUUCAGAUCUUUAUUUCACAUCCACUCUCCGGUUGAGUUUUAUAUUAAAGCACCUAACGUAACGCAGCUGCAGCGCUCUCAAGAUUAGGCUUAAGGGCGAAAUUUGCAACCGGAUGCAAUGCAGCAACAUCAACCAGUUACUAGCAACCAAUGAUACAACAGCUCGGCGGCCUCCAGGAUUUAAUCGCUGUCGUUGUUAACGUCACAAACCUCUGCAGGCAAGCACCUGUGGCAUUCAUUGUCUGCCUUAAAAUCAGAAUUUAGCUUUGGAAAAGUCUUGAAUUUACCUCCUUGUAUAGCACAGUUUUUAUCAAACCCAUGAAACUCUUUGCACAGUAUGUACAGUUAAAAUGAAUCUGCAGUGAGAUGAAUGUUGAGUCUGUAGUUUAGUGUGGAAUAUAAAAGGAUUAUUUAAAAGCACAACAACUUUGUAAACUGAAUAACCUUGAGGUGAUCUUGAGUGUCUGAAUGUUCUUAUAAGGCUGUGUUCACACUGCAAGCUAAAGUGCCCACUUCUGAUCAUCUCAAAUCUUGGUUCGUUGAAAAAAUGUUUUACGUCUUUUUUUAAAUACUCUCUUUAUUUUUUUAUUUUAUUUAUAUAGCAAGUUAUUAAUAAUCAAUAUUACUGUGUCAUUUCUCAGCUCAAUCUGUUUAAUUUAUUUCCAUAUGAAUAAGAAAGUAUUAUGGUCAUUUUAUUUUUAGUUUAUGUUUGAAGCUUUAAAUAUUCAUAAUUGUGCUGUGCAAAAAUAAAUUUUUGUCAAGUUGGGUAAAAACAACUCAGCAUAGGGUUAUUCAUAACCCAACAGUUGUACAUUUUCCAUGGGGUUAAAACUGGAGAUGCACCGAUAUAAAAUUUGUCCAUUGAUAUCGAUAGCCAAUUAUUCAGAUUGAUAUCUGCCGAUACCGAUUACAUUUUCUGAAUGUUAUUCAUUCAUAUCAAGUGUUGGGGAAAGUUACUUUUAAAAGUAAUGCAUUACAAUAUUAAGUUACUCCCCAAAAAAGUAACUAAUUGGGUUAGUUACUUUUCAUGGAAAGUAAUACUUGCGUUACUUUUGCAUUACUUUUGCAUUACUUUUUCUUACUUGGCUGAGGUUUGAUCUCUUUCAGGCCUUGAAGAUGUGUUUUAUGACUGAGAAGUUCUGCAUUCAGAAAUUGCAUAUUUGCUCUGCCAUCUCUCUUUUUGACUUAAACUGUUCCCGUUUAGGCGCUCCUGCAUAGAGUACCGUGCUUAUACGUGACUAUGUUCAAUUUAGUAAAAAAAUUUUUUUUAUCAAAUUAAUUAAACUGAAAGAAAAAAAAUGAAAUAUUAAUGUGUACAUUUAUAAUGUAAAGCGUUAUUUUACUCGUCACUUCAGAAAAGAAAUAUUAUUAUGUAAUGCACGUUACUUGUAAUGCAUUACCCCCAACACUGAUUCAUCUAAUGACCAUUAAUAUUAUUAACCAUUAAACUAGUGAUGUUUCUUUACAUUUUCUAUAGAAAGAGCUCAAAUUCAUUGCAUUUUCCUGUGCUUGUUUGUUUGACAGAAUAUAUUUGCCAUGACUACCCAUGAAAAUUGCUUUUAUCGCCCGAUACCGAUUAUUGUCCGAAAUAUCUGUGCAUCUCUAGUUCAAACACUUUUCGCACAGCUAAUGCAAUGUUUUACCAAUUGAGCUAUGAACACAAAUAAUAUAAUCAGAUCUGGGCCACAUUCAGCUGCUGUGUGAACUUUGCCCCUUCAGAAAUAAGCACAGAGGAACCCUCCACAAGGUGACGUUAUAUGUUCGCUCUUCUCCAUUUUUCCAACGUUUUUCGAGCAUUUAAACCGUAUAGUGUUACCGACACAACUCUCAUCUGUUUGUCUCUGCAUCUUCAUGAAAUAUUCCAAGUAAUAAACUCGAAAUAAGGCCGAGGUUCUGCAUUGAACUCCGGCGUACGUAUUUUUCUUAUGUGAAAUGACAAUUUCCGAUUUUUUUAUUUUAAUCUAAGGUGCGGCGAGAUGCUAAGCUUGUCUAAGAUGUUAAAAGUGAAUUUUCCACAAGAAAUCGUGUCAGAAUCUCACCACAGGAUGAUUUCGCAGUCGUCUCAAGAGGAUGCCGGAUGCCUCAACACACAGGGCUCAAAUAAACAACAAAGCCAAAUGACGUCAUCCUAUACUGUAACCUCCUCUCUCUGCUAUUGGUGCAGCCAGCUGCCUGUCAAGGCCAUCUUCUUUGCUAAUUGGUGCUUAUAGAAAAAACAUUUUUUUGUUAUGAAUUAUUAUUAUACAUGCUAUUUAUUUGUUUUGGUGCUACAUUUAUACAUUUUUUUUAUUAAGUUGAUCUGAUUUAGAUUGAACCGAUUUUUUUUUUCAUUUUAAAUUUAUCGGUGCAUGCCAUGUAAAGCAUUUGUCAUAUUUGCCUUAAUAAUAAUGUUUUGUAAAAAUGUCCUAAUAUUGUUCCAGUUUGGCCAAUGUCAUUAACAUCUCAGCUAAAAUCCUAAUGAGCGGCCACUUUUACAAUCAAUUAUUGAUAAAAUCGAGUUGCGUGUCGCUUUCAGUAAAUGGGUUGUUCAUAUUGACUUUUCCAACUCUCCAAGGUUUAAAUCUCACUGACCCAUUUAAUUCCUGUUUUAUGCAUAAAGUUUUAUUGAGCACAUACAAACGUACAGCAGCGUUGGCCUGAUCACAUGACCUUGAAUCCAUCGUGCCUGCAGUAAAUCUAACAGCCUGACUCCAUGCAGGUACAUCCAACAGGUGAAAAGAUUUGAGCCAAGUUGAAAAAAGCGCUAUAGAAAUUUGGACCGAAUUAAAAAUUUCCUCCGAUAUAUAUAUAUAUAUAUAUAUAUAUAUAUAUAUAUAUCUUUGUGCAAUAUCACAUAGUAAUUGGCAAACUUUUCAUAAAGUUAUUUGAUGGCCGGACCAGAAGAAACCAUUAGGUCCAACCUGAUCUCAGAGGCAUUCGUACAUAUUUUUACGUCGUGGCUAAUGUAUUCAUAUAAAGUGAAUUAUACAAAAAAUUAUUCGAAAUUAAGAAUUAUUCGAAAUCUAUUAAAAAUAAGAGAAAAAAAAUAAAGAAACCCAGCAAAUUUGGUCUUUCGAAUUAGCCACCUCAUAAAAUGUGUACGAAUUGCCGUGAGAUAUUGUUGGCCCUUCUCUCACAUAAACGUGGCUCAGGUGUGUUCUGGUGCAGAUUUUGUGUUUCUCUUAAUAAUCUUGAGUCAUCCUGAGAUCCUCCAGCUUUCACUGAAUAUACUUAAUGUAUGUAUGUGAUUUCUGUACAUGUUAUGAUUUUUUACAUCAACACAGCUUCUGGUCCAAUGUUGUUUGCUGGAGGAACCUGCAUUUGCUUAUAUUACGUUCAGCUUUGCCAAAAUGCCUUUAUUAUUUUGGUUGAUUUAUUUCUUUGUGUAAUUUUCCAUCGCUGUAUGACCUCACGCAUGAACCCUCUCUAAUGUCAGCCACUCAUUUUCUCCUCUGGGUGCUAAUACACUGUGAUUCAUUUUUCUACAACCGUAUUUUUCUGCUUUAGGUUAAAUACGAUCAGCCUGAUAGAUUCGCUGUCUUCACAAGCGUCCGAGGGCUGGAUUGUGAAAUAUAAGCCAACUCGAAAUCUUAUUUUUACUCCUGUGUAUUUUCUAAGGAUGAGUUUGGGGACAUUUUUAUUUAUUGCAUGCAUGGUUUUUUAACUCAGGCAUUUUAUUUAUCUCUGACUGUAAUAUUUAUCUGCUGUUGUCAGAAAAUUCAAGGGCUUCCUUGAUAUGGACAGAAAAUUUAACGUGUUUAUUUAACACAUGUACAUUCAUUAUAAUAAAUUUGAAUAUAUUAUAAUGAAUCAUUCGGUCACCACGAUAAACAAUCUGGGAUUUUCAUACCAGGUGAAAGUCAUGUUAAGACAUCAUAAGGAUCCUUGUGGUAUCCGCUAUGAUGUCAUCACCGUGAUGUUGUUUUAUGUGUAGAAACGAUCAUUUGCCAUCGUUUGAGUUUUUCACCCUGUUUAUUUCACCCAAUGGUGCCUUAAAACAUCGGUGCUUUUAACCGCCCAAGGCAACCAGUUCAGCAAACAACAAUGCCAGUAUAUUGAUGUUGUUUUCUUUAUAUUGUGCCAAUGCAGUAUGUGGACCUGUACAUACAGUAUAUAAACGCAUGCAUGACAGACAGGUGAAGUAAACAUUCCAGCGUUUGAUUGGCUGUGGUUUUAGGGGGCGUGACUGCAUUGGAUUUAAAGACAGUAUUGUUCAGGACUCAUAACUCACAGAUGGGGUGAAGCGAUGCCAGACAUCAGCCUUAUUGCAAUGGAAAUUUUAGUGUUGAAAGAGUUUAUGUAUUUGAUGUCCAGCACAUCUUCACCGUUACAAAUAAGAUCAAUAUCUCUAAGGUGCUAACACAGAACCAUAUUUUGUAUAGUGUGUGUGUGUGUGUUUUAAAUGUAUAGAUAUGUUCUUGUAAAGCCUUACCCUGUGCUGAUCGCUGUAUCAGACUGUUCAUCCAAAAAAAAAAUUACAGAACAGAAAUGACUUGUACAUAAUGUUCAAAAGAAAUUCAUUUUAUUUAUGAAAUAACAUUUCUGUUUUUGGAUAAAUAGGAGGGUACAGUGUUGCUAAUGUAUAUAAUGUUUCAUGCAAUUCUGUAAUGCUACGUUAGCAGUUAGCAUACAAGCCAAUGUAUGUUUGAUUUCCACAUUUUAACUCUUACUGGCACUGAACUAUUUGAAAAAUGAGAUGAUUUACCCAUCGACAACUACCGUAGAAAAUAAAUCUCUUUGUUUAUGUCGUGCAACAACAUUUUGUAUCUAUUUUAUGAGAAAAUAUGAGAACAGUACACAAAUGUAUUUUGGGUGUUAUAAUGUGUUAAUAGGUUCACCUUCAAACAGAAGUUUCAUGAAGAACAGGUUAAAUGUUCAAAUGGACAACAAAAGUAUUCAAUUACAAUUUCUUUAAUAGACUAUGCAAUCAAACACAAAAAUAUAUCUCAACCAUCUCUCAUGUUUUGAUUCAUAAACUUUCUGUUCUUGUUAAGUCAAGGCAGGAAUAAAUGUUACCACACCAUGUAAACCCAACACUGUCCUAAAAUCAUACUGCUACCCUAUUAUACUGUCUGUGGAGGUUUACACGUGUUGUAUGAGACGCUUUGAUGCAGGUUUUUAUUUGUUUGCUCAUUAAAUUUAUUUUGUUUUUGUUUAGUCUAAUUGACACAAACUAACUUUUAAUUUAAUUUACAAUGCAAAACAAAUCGUAAGCAAAUUCAUUAUAAGGUUUAGCAUUAAUAGAGAAAAAAUACCUCAUUUAUUACGACCAAUGGCUAUAGUUGCCAGUGGCAAACCAAAGUUGUUUCACUUUAAAAUAAGACAUGUUGCCCUUGAUGUAAAUGUCACGAUCAUCACACAUACAGGGACAAAACUUUAUUUUCUGUUGUAUAGGUCAAACACAAGAUCUAUACACUCACCUAAAGAAUUAUUAUUAACACCUGUUCAAUUUCUCAUUAAUGCAAUUAUCUAAUCAACCAAUCACAUGGCAGUUGCUUCAAUGCAUUUAGGGGUGUGGUCCUAGUCAAGACAAUCUCCUGAACUGAAUGUCAGAAUGGGAAAGAAAGGUGAUUUAAGCCAUUUUGAGCGUUGCAUGGUUGUUGGUGCCAUAUGGGCUGGUCUGAGUAUUUCACAAUCUGCUCAGUAAAUGGGAUUUCACGCACAACCAUUUCUAGGGUUUACGAAGAAUGGUGUGAAAAGGGAAAAACAUCCAGGAUGCGGCAGUCCUGUGGGUCUGUUGAUGCUAGAGGUCAGAGGAGAAUGGUCCGACUGAUGAUAGAAGAGCAAC